AUGGCUUUGCCUUUUGCUUUACUGAUGGCCCUGGUGGUGCUCAGCUGCAAGUCAAGCUGCUCUCUGGGCUGUGAUCUGCCUCAGACCCACAGCCUGGGUCACAGGAGGACCAUGAUGCUCCUGGCACAAAUGAGAAGAAUCUCUCUUUUCUCCUGUCUGAAGGACAGACACGACUUCAGAUUUCCCCAGGGGAAGUUUGAUGGCAACCAGUUCCAGAAGGCUGAAGCCAUCUCUGUCCUCCAUGAGGUGAUCCAGCAGACCUUCAACCUCUUCAGCACAAAGGACUCAUCUGCUGCUUGGGAUGAGAGGCUUCUAGACAAACUCUACAUUGAACUUUACCAGGAGCUGAAUGACCUGGAAGCCUGUGUGAUGCAGGAGGUGGGGGUGGGAGAGACUCCCCUGAUGAAUGAGGACUCCAUCCUGGCUGUGAGAAAAUACUUCCAAAGAAUCACUCUCUACCUGGCAGAGAAGAAGUACAGCCCUUGUGCAUGGGAGGUUGUCAGAGCAGAAAUCAUGAGAUCCUUCUCUUCAUCAAGAAACUUGCAAGAAAGAUUAAGGAGGAAAGAAUAAGACCUGAUCCAACACAGAAAUGACUCCCAUUGAUGACUACACCAGCUCACACUUUCAUGAUCUGCCAUUUUAAAGACUCUUGUUUCUGCUAUAACCACACCAUGAGUUGAAUCAAACGCGUCAAGUAUUUUCAAGUGUGUUAAGCAACAUCGUGUUCAGUUGCACAGGAACUAGUCCCUUACAGAUGACUAAGCUGAUGGAUCUAUUUAUCUAUUUAUUAAAUGUAUAUUUAUUUGACUAUAAUAUUUAAU